AAACCCAAAGCCAGGGGCAAAGCUGUUGAUCAGCCGGUCAAUCCUUCCCCUGCUGUGCUCCGAGGUCGGUGCUCCUCCUCCUCCUCCUCCCUUUCUUUCUUAAAAGGCUCGGCCUCCUCCCAUACCUCCCUCUCCUGCCCUGCCAAGAACCUUACCUGCUGACAAGGGAUCGAGUGAACCCCGCAGCAGGGAAAAGAAUCAGCUUUGGCCAGCGGUGACCGAUGCUGGGCGCCAAGAUGAAGGGCGGCGAGAUGAGCAGCAUUAGCCCGCUGGUGUCCUUCAUGUUGGGCGCCGCCAUGGCCACCGUCUGCGUCCUCUUCUUCGUGUCCGCCAGUCCUGGCCGCCGCCUCGUCGACAUCUCCGCCUUCAGCAGCAGGAACGGCACCGCGGACCAGGAGGAGCUGCUCUCCUCCGUGCAGCAGGGCGGCGUGGCCGACGGCAACGGCGAGACGAGGGCUGCGACGGCGGAAGGGCAACUCGGCGUCAGGGCGCCCGAGGCCACCGCAACGCCGGCUCCGGCUCCUGCACCCGUCGAGGGUCCGUCGCCGUGGGGCGACCUGGAGGAGGUGCUCCGGCGGGCGGCGACCAAGGACCGGACGGUGAUCAUGACGCAGAUCAACGCGGCGUGGACGCGGCCGGGGUCGCUGCUGGACCUCUUCUUCGAGAGCUUCCGGCUGGGCGAGGGCGGCGUGGCGCGGCUGCUGGAGCACCUGGUGAUCGUGACCAUGGACCCGGCGGCGUACGAGGGCUGCCAGGCGGUGCACCGCCACUGCUACUUCCUCCGCACGUCCAACGGCGUCGACUACCGCUCCGAGAAGAUGUUCAUGAGCAAGGACUACCUCGAGAUGAUGUGGGGACGCAACCGCUUCCAGCAGACCGUCCUCGAGCUCGGAUACAACUUCCUCUUCACGGACGUGGACGUGAUGUGGUUCCGGGACCCGUUCCGUCACAUCUCGAUGGCGGCGGACAUCGCCAUCUCGAGCGACAUGUUCAUCGGCGACCCCUACAGCCUGCGCAACUUCCCCAACGGCGGGUUCCUGUUCGUGCGGUCGUCGGAGAAGACGAUCGAGUUCUACCGCGGCUGGCAGCAGGGGCGGUGGCGAUUCUUCGGGAAGCACGAGCAGGACGUGUUCAACCUCAUCAAACACGAGAUGGUCGCCAAGCUGGACAUCACCAUCCAGUUCCUCGACACCCAGUACAUCAGCGGCUUCUGCCAGCUCAGCAAAGACCUCAACAAGAUCUGCACCCUCCACGCCAACUGCUGCGUCGGCCUCGGCGCCAAGCUCCACGACCUCCGAGGCGUCCUCGACGUCUGGAGGAACUACACCACCGGGUCCGCCGACGAGCGCCGCGCCGGGAAGUUCCAGUGGAAGCUCCCCGGCAUCUGCAUCCACUGAGCAGUCGGCACAGCUCGCUAGCUAGGUCCGACGAUCCAUUCGGUGCACCGCAAGGCCAUGCAAUUCUUCUCUGCUUCUUCUUGCUGUCGCAAAGUAAAAUUAAGGAGAUGGAGAGGUACCAUUGAUUCUUUUGAUUUGUAAAAGGUAAUGUAGCUAGGAUAAAUUAUACUGCUCCAUAUGUAUGUACACAACACAGCUUAUAUAUAUUUUGCAUCGUUUCUCUGCCCUGUAAAGAUGAAUACAACAGCGCUUAUUUGUUGCCAUCAGAUGUAUAUACAAACACUAUAUACUAUUUUUUAUAUGUAUAUAUUAUUUUAUGAUA